GGCUGCGCUCAUUAGUCGACGGACGGCAGGUGUCUUUACCGUUUACUGGCACUGACAGAACCUCGGAGCUCCGAUUGUUUUAGCAUUUGUGUUUUGUUUAAGGUAUUUUUUUGCUCAGACUUGCUCAUUUUUCUGACUCCGGCUGAUGGAGAGGACGUCCGGCUAGGAUGCACGUGGCGCCAUGUCCUUGACGAGGCAGCUGCGAGCCACCGUCAGAUAACUGUGAACCGCAACGAGGAGAAACGCAGCCUAAAAGUGGGCUGACUUUUUCCUCCGUGUCCCGUCUGUACAUCAGCGAUCUCUAGCAAUGGCCUUCUUCAGACAGCUGCGCCUUCUGCUGUGGAAGAACGCGCUGUCGGCCGUCAGGCAGCCGCUGUGGACCCUGACCCUGCUUGCCUGGCCUCUCAUCAUCUUCCUCAUCAUCCUCGUGACCCGUCUUAAGUUUCCUCCGAUACAAAGAGAGACAUGUUAUGUGUCGCCUCGAAACCUACCCAGCGCAGGGUUCUUCCCUUUCCUGCAGACCCUCAUGUGCAAUACAGACAGCAAGUGCCGGAACACAUCGAGCCUGGUGGAUCCAACGGACCCAAAGACUUUCGCAAACACAAGGUCGAGUCUGCUGCAGAGAAGUGCCCCACUGGUCAACCUGUUUCAAGGGGGGAAUUUCUUCAGCUUUCCAGAAAACGACCCUGGGAUGGAUCACACACAAGUGGCCUUAAUCUUGAAUAGAGUUUUUGGUUCUGCGUUCCCAGAUAGUAUUAAUAAUAUCUCCCUGGGGAACAACAAUGACACUUUUCUGGGAAAUCAGGAGGCUCUGAACAGUGCUGGUUCCGUCAACCCGGUGAAAAGGGCCUUUUGCACCGUAACGUUGCCCAUGAUUAACUCGACGUCAUCCCACCCGCUCAACUAUGCUGUGGCCUCCUUCUGCAGCUCUAACACCUCUGUGUUUGAAGCCUCGCUGCUCACGUUGAACCAGGUCCUGACAGAUUUGAUGCUAACAAAACCAAAUGAGACAGUGGCAGCAGCGGAGCAGUCUGUAUUUGUGUUUGAUCAGCUGCAAAAUGACACCUCACUGUGGGAAAGCCUUCUCCAAGUUCCUCAGCUCUUUUCUUCUAGUUCCGACCAAGUCCUCAACAACACAAAGUUCCUGCUUUCCAACCUGCAGGGAGCUGUGAAUGCCAUCCAGGACACCUUCCUUGUAGGAAAUGAUUCACUUUCCAGUAUUCGUCCACUGCUUGUUGGAGGCAUCAGCACGAUCCAUUAUGUUCAAAACUGGCCUGGCAAAGGUGUGUCCAUCCCACUCGGACAGAUAGUCACGUUGCAGAAUGACUCACUAAGUGUGAUGGCGAAAGCAGUUUUGCAGGAAGUACGGAUACCACUGGAUAAGGCCAUUGGCCUCACACUGGACAAGAACAUUGUUCAUUCCUACUUGUGUGACAACAGCAGCAGUUCGCUUUUGCUAACAGCAGCCUGCGCUACAGGCACAGUAAACAUGGUUUUGAGUUGGAUCAGUCCUGACCUGGUGGCAAAACAGGCCCUCCUGGCGUGGAGUAAGGAUGUUGCUCCACAUGAUGUGUCCUUCAUUAAAGCGAUGCUACAGAGUCUCACUGGAGGUUUAUCCCCAGGAGGACAGGGAGGCUCCAACAACGCAAGGAGACGUCGCAGCGUAGAUACACAACCACAAAGCAUCGAGGAGGAGCUAUUUUUGAGUGUUGGUGAAGUGGUGAUGGAGAUUUUACAGGUUGUGCCUGAGGUGGAUGCAAUUGUCCAAAAAAUCCUCACAACUGGUUUUCAGACCAUGAAGACAGCAACACAGACCCUCAAUACUGUAGCAGAAAUAAUAAGCAACAGUCUAAAAGAUGCCGACCAACUUCAACUGACAUAUGUAGAACUGAUGACAAAUGAGACUCAAGCGAGCAUUUGGAUCAAUCGCAUCCUCGACAGUGUGGCAAAGACAGUUAUACAGACCCUGGAAUCCGAGUCUCUAACAUGUGAGGAUCUUCUCAGUCCCUUUAAAUGGCUGUUGAACACUGAGAGCGUAACGGCUGAAGUGUGGAAAUCAGUGAUCUGCCAGAACUCUACUCUUCAGCAGGCUCUGCUUUCCGACUGGCAGCUAUUGGCUCAGGAGACACAGGACAUGUACAACAACCUCACAGGCCAAGAAGACGUCAGUGUAACGCUUCCCUCAAUACUUGCUGAGUGGCAGAAGUUGGCCAAUAGCAGUCUGCAAAUUCAAAAGGUUUUUGAAACACUGAUAACAAACCUGGAUGGAGAAUAUUGGAUGAACUGGAUCCUGGACAACAGCACUGUCGAUGUUUAUGACACGUUUCUACAAAGUUCUGGCUUGUUUGUAGAGUUUUUUGGAGAAAACAUUGAGACAACUGAGCUGUGGCCUGAUAUAAAGGACUACUUCUACAUGGCUUACUGGAUUUUGAGCUACACACCUGGUGUCACAACUCCCCCAGCAAAUUGUUCUGUUAACUACCCCGUAGCAAUUCACUGUGAUACUGGAUUAAACUGGUCACACUUCACUGAAGUUGUGCGUGCGGCUCUGCUAUCACCAGACAAAGCCCUGGUCAACUCUAUUGAAGGGGCUUUGAAUUUUUUGCAGUAUGUGUACGCUGAUGUCUACAAAAACAGAACAGCAUCAUUUUUGAAACAAGAACCUGAUGCUGAAGGCGCCCUCUCUGCUAUCAUGGGCAACCUGACGCAUAACCCAGAUGACUUUUUCCAGAAUAUCUCCAUUCUUCCGUUCAGCAACCUCUCCAAACCUGACAUCAUGUGUUCCCUUCUCCAUAACCUGGUGGAACCCACGGGUCUGUCACCUCUGCUAACUCCACUCCUCAGCAAUUCCCCUGUUAAUGUUUCCACGGUGCUUGAUAUUGCCUCAAAGCUUGGCAGGAUUUACCAGCCCAUUUAUCCUUCCAACGAGACCGACCCAACGAUGCUUGACCUUGAACAACUCAUCAAGCAGUUCCUCUCCUUGGAAGGAAACCUUACCCUGCCUAUAUCUCAUGCGAUGGGGUACAGUUUGCUCAACUGUUCUGAGUACUUUAGCCUCAAUGAUGUGAUCAGCCUCACAAAAGCCUUCCAGCCUUUCAUUAACCAGUCAAACCAAACCUCAGGCCUCGUAGAGACGAUUAUUAGUGCCAUAGAGUUAUGGAAGACAGUGAUGGAUUCUCCAAAUAACGACCCAGCUAACAUCACUCUUGCGUACAUACAGCAGCUCCGAAAACUGACCACAUCUCUGUUCAGAUUGCAGAGCCUUGAGUCUUAUGCAUCUUCAAGUGAGCAACUCAUCGAAACACAAAUCAACCAGAUUUCUGAGGAUUUCGUCAACUUUAUUUCUCCUGAGAUGCUUAAAAACCUUACCGAUGUUGGACCAGACGCUGCUCUGAGUAUUGUCAUCCAGAUGUUUGAAGGAUUCCUACCACCUGAGGUCCAAAAGAGAGUUGCCCCUUUGUUUAUGGAAUUAAGAGGCUUUGUUUCCUUAAUUAUAGAAUGUGCAACAAACCAGAACUGUUCAACCCAAGUGUCAGAAAUCUUCAGUUUCUUAAAUCAAAUAGUAGAGAUGAUGUCUCCAGCCAAUGCAAAUGUCACCCAUGAAAUGCUUAGCAACAACACUAUUCUAGAGGAAACAAAGUUUGACGAGAUUGCAUCCAUGCUCUUCUCGCUUCUCCUAUCUCACAGCAAUGAAACUAACAUGGGAACAGUGAAUCAAACUCUUCAGUUCAUUAGAAUGAUCAUGGCUGAACCAAAUAUUUCUGUGUCUGAAAUCCAGAAUGCCCUGGAACAGUCAAACCUAACCCUUGAACAACUGGAAGACAUUGCUGAAUUAGCCCAAGCUGUCAACAUAAGCAAGCUGUUGGAUGAUAUGAUGGAAAUCUGCAAUGCAAAACAAUGUUUUGAGCCACAGCAGGACUCAAUGGAGACAGCCAAGUGUGUCAUGGAACUGAUUGAUGCCAUCAGCAGUUUUCUGGGUCAGCUACCAGAUUUCUGCAAUGAGACAGCCAUUUUCCUUAACAUCCCAUUAGUCAUCAAUGACACUAUUAGUGAUAUCAUCCAAGAUAACUCUAGUUCCAGUCCAAAUGUGGCCCUCAUGCAAACCUUAAAGAGCAUCUUAGCCAAUAUCAGGAUGAACCUGGAUCUCAACCAGCUGAACACACCAGAGAUCAUGUGGGAACUAGACGUGUUGGAAGGGCUAAUCCAGCUGUUUGCCAACACGGAGGAACCUUUCAACUCCACCUCGAUGAUGGACCCAUUUGAUGCUCAGAAGGUUUAUCUGGAGAUAGUGGAGUGGUACCUGAAAAGGCUGGAGAACAUCACCAGCAACAGCUCAAUCUCAGAUCUCAUCCAUCCAUUUUUUUGCAUCACACAAAUGCAAAUCACAUUACAACUGGCACAAACGGACUUCUCCUCCUUUGUCAGCAACCAGUACAUAUUGCUAAUGAACAGCCUCCAAUAUCCAAUAGAUGAUGCAGGUGUAAGCAAAAUUGGCAAGACAGUUGUGGAGGUUCUUGAGCAUCUGUUUGACUUAAUAACAUUUGACCUGGAGGUUCAGAAUGCCAGCUUGCAUUCAGAUCUGUUCAACAGAGCCAUUCUGAAUGCUACUGGGCACCAUAUUAAGCAAUACCUUGAACUGCUAGAAAAGUGGACGACACAACCCAAUGUCUCCUUGGCUCUCAGUCGUCUCUUCCUUUGGGGAAAUUCCUCUAUGAAUGUCUCCAUGCCCAUGACAGACAUCCAGCAGUUGCUGAAGUCACUGGAUAAUUUUGAUGAGCUUGAUGAUGAGCUAAUUGAACUCUCUGUCAUUAACAAUAUCACCCAGUGUCUGAAAAAUGCUUUAAUGCUCGCGGAGGUUCCAGGUGGUCUACAGAGUGAUGACUUCUUAAAUGCCGUCUUGGAUGCGGUCAAAUAUGUUAUGCAGACCUGGACUGGAGGCACAGAAGACCUGCCUGUCUCUACACAGGAAGACAUCCUGGAUAUUCUGAGUGAUUCAUUGCAAGUCAUUGUCCAACCAGGCGUCAGUUUUGCCUCCCCACGUAACAUCUCUCUGCUCAUCCUCAAGACAGCUGAGACAACCAUCCGAUACACAGCACCAGAUACGUUCAGUAAUUACAUCAUGUAUGGACUCCAAGUAGCCACCACCUAUUUUGAGAGCACCUCAACAUCAGGUGUGCCAGACGACUGGAGUGAGAUGAUUUUGAAGGAAAUGAAGACAGUCCAGGGUUUCCUGCCACCAAACUCUGCAGCCCAAGCUUACAUUUCUGUGCUCAUUGACAUCACUAACACUUUCCUUGAGUCUUACCCAGACAAUAUGCGUAUCUGGUCAGGUUUUGAAAAUGCAACAGAAGGAAAUGUGUCCCUAAUUCUUGACCAGAUGACCAAUGCUCUGUGGCCUGUGGUUAAGGAUGGUCCAGGCUCAUUUAGAAUGAAAGCCUCACCUUUGAAGAGCUUUGCUGAUCUUCCUUCAUUCCUGGAGAUGGUGAUGACUGAGAAAGCAGACGAAGACACAUGGGAAAACCUUCAAGAAAUGCUGGCAUCCCUUCUGUCAACCCUUGAUGGAACAGAGCUAUGGGGCAACACAUCAUUUGCUAUUUCUCGUUUUGAAAUCAUGAUAGAAACUUUGGUGAACGUUGAGCAAGCACAAAAUGAGAUGAUACUAAGCCUCCAGAUGCUAUUGUUGACCCUGAUGGAGGAAGUCGCACAGCACGCCAACAACACUCAUUUGAACUUGUCCGACGUCUCAGACAAAGUGCAGCUUGCCCUUCAAAACAUGACCAAUGGCACAUUAGAGUGUGAUGAAGUUCUCACAGACUGGGAGCCUGUCAGAGAAGCAGCAGGUAUAAGUCAUGCUGCUAUGGCUAUGGUGUGCAACAUCAGGCUGCAGCCCGUCUUGGGUGCCUUAACUGCAGCUCAAACACUCUACCCCGGCCUGAACAUGAGUAGCAUGGGUGCUGGACCAGUGAAUGCGAGCGAUGCAGCCGCCAGGAUUGUCAACACUGUACAGUCUCUCUAUGAAGUCAGUGUCAACCAAACGCUUGUGACAGUGCAGCUUAUCGGGGCUUUUUCAAACCAGCUCUCUAUGCUGGCAAGUCAGCCUUUGAGCCCUGAGGCACAGCUUUACUGGAACCAACAGCUCCAGGACAUGUAUUUCCGAGACAGCUUGUCUUCCACCAACUUUCAGCUUCCAGAUGAGGUGCUUAACAUGGGACCCUACAUCAUUCCUUAUAUCAGAGCUAUAGCGAAAGCGUUGAAUUUUACCCUCAACAACUACUUUACUACUCAAAACAGAAGUACAUCUGACGAGCUCUUUGAAGAAGCAGCAGCAACAACGUUUCUAACCUCUGUGAACACCACCUUGGACAACCUGCUCUCCAUGUUAGGGGGAAACUUGACUGGACUCAAUGAGUCCACUAUAGCUGACAUGGCAUGGGAAGGUGUCAAAUUGCUGAACCGCUGGCAGGCAUUCAAGAAGGACCCCACCAUUUACCAAGCAUUGCAACAAUUCCUGAAAUCUGAGAGCAAAAAAGAGAUAUUACUUAAGAUAGCAAAGAUUUGCACAUGGUUGGGUACUAUUGAAUCAAACAUGACCUCAGACAACAUGAUUUUGGGAUACUGGUCCAGACUCAAUGAUACAUCUUUUUCUAACAUGAUGAGGGAAGCUGUGAAUCUGCUGAGUGACCAAGGGAUAUUUGGAGAUAAACCUAUGGUUUACGAAGCCUUGGGGCAUUUCCUGAAAUCCACUGAUAAAAGGGCAACUUUAAAGAAGGUGUCAAAGUUUACUGCAUUGUUGGCAUCUAUUCACGCAAACAUCACCUCAAACAUCUCCAUGAUUUCGGGGAACUGGUCUGGAUUCAAUGAGACAUUUUUUACUAACACGAUGUGGGAAGAAAUAAAACUGCUCACUGACAAGGAAGUAUUUGGAGAUGAACGUAUGAUUUACCAGGCCUUGGGAGAAUUCCUGAAAUCCAAUGACAGAAGUGUGAUUUUACCAAAGAUAACAGAGAUUAACAGAUGGUUAGCCUUCAUUGAAGCAAACAUCAACUCAGACAACAAUUUCCCCUCAAUUUCGGGAAAUUGGUUUGGACUCAAUGAAACAUCCUUUGCUACGAUGACCAGGAAAGCUGUGGAACUGCUGAGUGAGCAACAGUUAUUUAGAGAAGAACCUAUGAUUUACCAAGCCAUGGAGCAAUUCCUGGAAUCCAAUGACACAAUGGCAACUUGCAAAAUGCUACCAAAGUUCACUGCGUGGUUGGCCUCUAAAGAAGCAAACAUUACCUCGGGAAAUUUCCCCUCCAUGAUUUAUGGAAACUGGCUCAGACUCAAUGAUACAUGUUUUACUAACGUGAUGAGAGAAGCUAUGAAACUGCUGAGUGAACAAAAGAUAUUUGGAGAUCAGCAUAUGAUUUACCAAGCCCUGGAGCAGUUUGUGGCAUCUAGUGACCAAAGGGUGGAUUUACAGAAGGUGUCAGAGUUCACUGCAUGGUUUACCUCUAUUGAAGGAAACUGCCCUUCAAACAACAUCUCCAUGAUUUGGGGGAAUUGGUCUGGACUUGAUGAAACACCUUUUACUAAAAUGAUGAGGGAAGCUGUCAAACAGAUAUUUGGAGAUGAACCCAUGGUUCAUGAAGCCUUGGAGCAAUUCCUGGAAUCCAUGACAAAUGACAAAAGGGAAAUUUUACAGACACUAGCAGCGCUUAGCACACAGUUGUCCUUCACUGAAGCAAACAUUACAAUAGACAACAUCUUCUACAUGAUUUGGGGCAAUUGGUCAAGGCUCAAUGAUACAUCUUUCACUAACAUGAUGAAGGAAGCUGUGAAACUGCUGAGUGACCAUACGAUAUUUGGAGAUGAACCUAUGGUUUACCAAGCCCUGGAGCAAUUCCUGGAAUCCAAUGACAAAAUGGCAACUUUAACAAUGCUAGCAGAGAUUAUUGCAUGGUUGGCCUCUAAUGAGGCAAACAUUACCUCAAACAACAUCUCCAUGAUUUGGGGAAACUGUUCUGGACUUAAUGAGGCAUCAUUUAAUAACUUCAUAAGGAAAGCUGUGAAACUGCUGAGUGAACAAAAUAUAUUUGGAGUAGAAUCUAUGAUUUACCAAGCCUUGGAGCAAUUUCUAGAAUCUGGUGAAAAAAGGGUGACAUUAACGGUGCUAGCAGAGUUCACUGUGUGGUUGGCUUCUAUUGAAGCAAACAUUACCUCAAACAACAACAUCUCCAAGAUUUGGGGCAAUUGGUCGAGGCUCAAUGAUACAACCUUUACUAACAUGAUGAAGGAAGCUGUGAAACUGCUGAGUGUCCUUGGACAUGAACCUAUGAUUUACCAAACCUUCGAGCAAAUCCUGGAAUCCAAUGACAAAAUUGCAACUUUAACUAUGCUACCAGAGCUCACUGCGUUGUUGGCCUCUAUUGAAGCAAAUGUUACCUCAAACAACAUCUUCAUGAUGUGGGAAAAUUGUUCUGGAUUCCAUGAGGCAUUAUUUGCUAACUUGACGAGGGAAGCUGUGAAGCUGCUGAGUGAACAAAAGAUAUUUGGAGAUCAGCCUAUUAUUUACCAAGCCCUGGAGCAGUUUGUGGCAUCCACUGACCAAAGGGUGGUUUUACAGAAAGUGUCAGAGUUCACUGCAUUGUUGGCCUCUAUUGAAGCAAAUUGCACUUCAAACAACAUCUCCAGGAUUUGGGGAAAUUGGUCUGGACUCAAUGAAACACCUUUUACUAAAAUGAUGAGGGAAGUUGUAAACCUGCUCAGUGAACAACAGAUAUUUGAAGAUGAACCAAUGGUUUACGAAGCCUGGGAGCAAUUCUUGGAAUCCAAAAACGAAAGUGAGAUUUUACAGACACUAGCAGAGAUUUGCACAUGGUUGGCCUUUACUGAAGCAAACAUCACCUCACACAACCGCUCCAUGAUUUGGCGAAACUGGUCUGGACUCAAUGAUAUGCCUUUUACUAACAUGAUGAAGGAAGCGGUGAAACUGCUGAGUGACCAAAAGAUAUUUGGAGAUGAAGCUCCAAUUUAUCAAGCUUUGGAGAAAUUCCUGACAUCCAAUGACAAAAGAGUAAUUUUACAGACAAUAGCAGAGAUUAGAAUAUGGUUGGCCUCUAUUGAAGCAAACAUCACCUCAAACAACAUCUUCUCCGUGAUUUGGGGAAACUGGUCUGAACUCAAUGAGACAUCUUUUACUAACAUAAUGAGAGAAGUUGUGAAACUGCUGAGUGAACAAAAGAUAUUUGGAAAUGAGCCUAUGAUUUACCAAGCCUUGGAGAAAUUUGUGGCACAUAGUAACCAAAGUGUGUUUUUACAGAAAGUGUCAGAGUUCACUGCUUCGUUGGCCUCUAUUGAAGCAAAUGGCACCUCAGACAACAUCUCCAGGAUUUGGGGAAAUUGGUCUGGACUAAAUGAAACACCUUUUACUAAAAUUAUAAGGGAAGUUGUAAAUCUGCUCAGUGACCAACAGAUAUUUAGAGAUGAAACAAUGUUUUAUGAAACCUUGGAGCAAUUCCUGGAAUCCUGUAAUGAAAGAAAGUUUUUACAGACAGUAGCAGAGAUUUGCACAUGGUUGGCCUUUACUGAAUCAAACAUCACCUCAAACAACCUCUCCAUGACUUGGGGAAACUGGUCUGGACUCAGUGAUAUGCCUUUUACUAACAUGAUGAAGGAAGCUGUGAAACUCCUCAGUGAACAACAGAUAUUUGGAGUAGAACCAAGUAUUUAUCAAACCCUGGAGCAAUUACUAAUUUCCAACGGAACCUUUUUGGUUCAAAGAGGCGAAGAGUUCUCUGCCAGGUUGACAUCUACUGAUGCAAACAUUACCUCUGACAUCAUCUUUUCUAUUGUGUGGGAGGAAUUGUCUGGACUUACUGGGACACGAUUUGUUGACAUGACAAAAAAGGCUGUGAAACUGAUGAGCGACAUUCAGAUAUUUGGGGAUCGGCCUAUGAUAUAUGAAGACUUGGACCAAUUCCUGACAUCCAGCAACACAAGCUUCAUGGUGAACACAAUUGUUGAGUUUAUGCAUUCAUGGUUGCCCUUCAGUGAAAGAAACAGCAGCUCGGACAUCUAUUCCAUGUUGUGGGGAGAGUUUUCUACACUCAAUGAGACACGGUUUACCAACAUGACGUGGGAAGCUGUCAAACUAAUGAAAGACCUGCGCAUAUUUGGAGACACACCUAUGGUUUACCAAAUUCUGGGAUCCAAUGACACAAGCUCUAUUGUGCAGAAGGUGGCUGAGAUGUCUGUGUGGUUGGUCACUACUGAAGCAUCAGGACUAGAGCUGCUGAACCAGGCUCUGCCCAAAAUAUAUGACAUUGUCAAGCCUAUUUUUUCUGUUCUGAAGCAGAUGAGUGUGGAUGCACAGGGAGACAUGGAACUGUACGAGGAGCUAGCUGAAAAUGUAUUGAAUACGCUGAUGCUGUUGGGGAGCAAUAGAGAUCUUCUGCUGCCUAUGGACCUGUACCAAGGUGUUUAUCAACAGGAAAGCAUCAGCAACUAUACUGCAGUCAAACCGAUGAUCUCACCGUUAUUGAGGGACCCCAUGGACGAUCUCAUAAACCUGUUCUCUAUCAACUACCAUGCUAUGUUUCAAGCCAUCGCUGUUCCUCCGACCACAGAAGACCUCAUGGAGACAGCGCACGUGUUUUUUAAUAACCCCAAUUUGAAUGUUGUGUUGAAGGGAGCUUCUGUGGACAUUCCAUGGGGCUUGAAUGCAUCUAGGGAAGAGACUAUUGAUGCUGCCCUUGGAAUGCUCUCCUCUCUUACUACUCCAGACACAUCCCAAAAGCCAUUCAUGUAUAUCCUGACAAGUGCUGUAGACAUGCUUCCUGAUGAGUUUCCAUUCUCUUCACUGCUUAAGAACAUCACAAGAGCACUGGCCAAAGAGUAUCAAGAGAAUCUGAACCUCACGAACCUGAUCAUCCAAACAGUCUCAGAGCUUUCCCCAAUGAAUCUGACAGAUCCACAAUUCACAGAGCAACUUGACAUGCUGCGAUCCCAGGUGUGUGCCUUGGAGAGCUCAGAGACUGUAGGUGUGCUGAUGUCGUCCCUCUCCAUGGAGCCUGGCCUGCUGUGUGACACGUUUUUGCCCAGCCUGGAGAUCCUCUUUUACAGUGUCAUUAUGAACAUGACCUCCCUGACUGAAUCCAUCGUUCAGGCUGUCAUCGGAGAUCCCAACACCUACAAUAUUCAACCAACCUGGGCCUCGGUGUUGAGUGAAACAUGGGGCAUUAACAUUAGCAGCCUCUCAGAUUUUCUCAACAUUAGCAUCUCAUCUCCAGGAAAAGUGACAGUUGGCAAGUUGUUGAGAAAUGAAACGGCCUUUGUUUUGGAGGUUCAGCAGAGAAUGAAUUUUGAUCCAGCUGUUCUCAGCCUGCUGAUGAACACCACUCUGCCAGACAAAAAUGUGGAGAUCCUGACCUGGCUGGUCAACCUGCGCCACUGUGGCUCCACACCAGACACGCCAGACAUCAUCCUACAGACGUUCUGCUCCUUCUCUGUUGAACAGUGGUACACCUUCUCAUUACUGAUGGCUCGAUAUAUCGACACUGAAGAGGUCUUCUACAGAGUGGUGUUGUCUGAAGACCUGCAGAGCGUUUUGGAAGUGAUGCUUAUAAUAGCUAAAUCUUUAGCAGACAUGAUGGAAAGGAUUCUUCCUGCCAUUGGUCAACUGCAAAACCUCAUGCUGAACAUCCAAGAUCUCAACCUGAUGGCCAACAACGAAUUUAAACAAAUGACAAGAGGACGAAGGUCCAUUUCCAGCCAAGCGACAUUUUCCACCCUCUCCCGAGCAAUGUGCAGCAACAGUAUGAAGUCUCUGUUUGACAUUAUCAAACCCACCACUGCGACACAGUCGACCUACUUCAGCGACCAAAACAGGGAAGAUUUGAUGAAUAGGUUCAACAUUCCCCGAAAUGCCACCCCCUUCUGUACAAACCUGUACCUAGACAUGGUCAGUACCACAGAGGGAGCCGUCGCCUGGGCUUUCCUGAAACCAAUGCUAAUGGGACAAAUCCUGUUUACCCCUGACACGCCUGUGACCAGAAGCAUCAUGGAGAAGGCCAAUGCCACUUUGCACGAGUUUGCGAAUCUGAGGAAGAACUCAGAAGACUGGAUUAAAGCCUCCAACUACAUCUUUGAGUCCUCUGCUCAGCUCAGCUCCACUUUGCCAAUGCUGCAGAGUUCCCUUGCGAAUUCCUUUGUGAAGAAUUUCAUUGAGAUGCAUACAGACAUCAAUGUUGACAGAAUGAAGGAGACGCUCAGCAGCUUCUCAAAUAUGACGUUGAUGCUGGAGACAAACAAAUACAUGGUGAAACAGAUCACCGCCUUGUCCAAUUUGAUGGUCGACGUGUCCUCCUGUGUCACGUUUGACCGUUACCGUGGCUUCGACUCUGCUGACGAGCUCAACACUGUGGCUCAGGAACUUGCUAAAACACGUGAUCUUUAUGCAAGCGUUAUCUUCAAACUUCCCAAAGAGCAGGACUCAUCGACUAGUCGUCCAUCCAGGUCCCUCUCCCCAUCUUCUCUGCCUCCCCAAGUUAGCUACACCAUCCGUAUGCACAUGGAAAAUGCCAUGCGCACUGACAGAGUUCGGGAGCCCUUUUACGUGAAGGACACAUACAUCAUUGCCAGGCGGACGAUGCGCUACAAUCGAGGCUUUCUCUACCUCCAGGAGUCCAUUGAUCGGGCGAUCAUUGAGGCCCAAGUGGGACAAAGAGUCACAGAGCCAGCUGUGCAGCUGCAGCCCUUCCCCUAUCCAUGCUUUCAUCGUGAUGAGUUCCUGCAGGCCAUGUCUUAUGUCUUUCCAGUCAUGCUGAUGACAGCCUGGGUGCUGUUUGUGGCUGAUUUUGUGAGGAGACUAGUGCAUGAGAGAGAGCUGAGGCUGCAUGAGUACAUGAAGAUGAUGGGCGUCAACCCACUCAGUCACUUCUUCGCCUGGUUCAUUGAAUGCGCUACCCAACUCCUGAUCACCACCUUCAUCCUCACUCUGAUGCUGAAGUAUGGCAAAAUUCUGCCCAACAGCGACGGCUUCCUCUUGUUCCUGUACCUCUGUGAUUACGGCUUGAGCACCUUAGCCUUCAGCUACCUGGUCAGCUCCUUCUUUGACAAGACUUACAUCGCCGGCCUAAGUGGCAGCCUUCUCUACAUCCUCUGCUUCUUCCCGUACAUCAUGGUCAUAGCCCUGGAGACGAACCUCACUCUUUCUCAGAAGAGCGCACUGGGUUUAUUUGCGCCCACCUGCUUCAGUUAUGCCAGUCAAUAUGUCUCUCGCUAUGAAACCCAAGGAGAAGGAAUUCAAUGGAGCAACGCGUACACCUCGCCCGUAUUUGGAGACACGGCUUCGUUCGGCUGGCUGUGCUGGCUGAUGCUCAUUGACUCCAUCCUCUACUUCAUCAUUGGAGGUUACAUCCGCAUGGUCUUUCCAGGAAAAUACGGCAUCCCAGCUCCGUGGUACUUCCCGUUCACAGCCUCCUUCUGGUCUAAUCUGUGCUGUAGUGCUAAGUCAGAGAGUAAGGUGGGGAAAGGACUCCUCAUCACCAACAUCUUGCAGAGAGGCCAGUAUGCCUUCGAUGAUGACAAGGGCAAAGGAGAAAGCACUCUUUCCACCCAGGCUGAAGAGGAUUACUCUCAGCUCCCAGUGGGUGUUAGCCUCUACGGUCUCAGCAAGCUCUAUGGCAACCGUGCAGCCAUCGAAAACCUCAACGUUUCCUUCUACGAGGGCCAUGUCACUUCGCUGCUUGGUCACAAUGGCGCUGGCAAGACCACCACCAUGUCUCUCCUGACUGGUCUUUUCCCCCCAACAUCUGGCACCAUUGAGGUGUACGGCAGAGAUAUGCAGGCCAACGUUGAUGACGUUCGCAAAGAACUGGGUGUGUGCAUGCAGUAUGACGUCCUCUUUGACCACCUGACCACCGAAGAGCACCUGCUGCUGUAUGCCCAGGUUAAGGCCCCACACUGGUCAGCAGGGGAACUGCAUGAGCAAGUGCGAAGCAUCCUAGAGGAGACUGGCAUGCACGCUCACAGGCACAAGCUGGUAGGCACCCUGUCGGGCGGCAUGAAGCGAAAGCUGUCAAUCUCCAUUGCUUUCAUAGGAGGCUCUCGCUUGGUGGUCUUGGAUGAACCCACCACAGGAGUCGAUCCUUGCUCCAGGCGCAGUAUCUGGGAUAUUGUUAUCCAAAAUAAGAGACACCGCACCAUCAUCAUGUCCACCCACCACCUGGAUGAGGCUGAAGUGCUGAGCGACCGCAUCGCCUUCCUGGAGAGAGGAGGAUUGAAAUGCUGCGGAUCCCCCUUCUACCUCAAAGACAAGCUGGGACAAGGCUACAAACUCACCCUCACCAAGAAGCCACAGAUGAAAAACAUAGACUCUGAGCCCAUUGACAAUGCAACACUGAAGUCCUUUGUCCAAGCCCAUGUACCUGAAGCACGACUGAAGGAAACCCAGGGAAGCGACUUGGUCUACUCACUGCCUCCCUUCACCUCGUCCAACUCCUCCUCAUACCGCUCUCUCCUGACGGCACUGGACUCCAACCUGGACGCCCUGCAGCUGGGCGGCUACGGCAUCUCUGACACCACCUUAGAGGAGGUUUUCCUUCAGUUGACUCGUGAAGCUGCUGAAGCUGAAGGCGGUGCCCUGUCUAUCUCAGAAACACUAUCUGACACCGCAUCUGUUGACAGCUUCUCUUCAGACCUGAGCGACAACACCUCCAACUUCAGUGACAGGAUCAAGCUUACUGGUUCUUCAGUGGUGCAGGGCUUGGACCUGGCCUGGCAGCAGAUGACGGCCAUGCUGAUCAAGAGGUUCCACCACUCACGCAGAGACUGGAAGGGUCUGAUGGCACAGAUCGUGCUCCCUGUUCUGUUCAUGGUGUUUGCAAUGUCUCUCGGCUCAAUAAAGAAUGACCUAAAGAGCUAUCCUGCCCUGGAACUGAGUCCUGCCCUCUACAACAUCGGACCAAGCUACUCCUUCUUCAGAAACCUAAAUCCCAAAUCCAGCCAGCUUGCGGACACCAUGACGUCAUUCCCUGGGAUGGAUAACGCCUGCCUGGACAACCCUAAUAACGCGGUCUGCCAGAGAAGCACUAACUCCUGGACUUCAAGUGGUAACAGCUCCAAACCCUUCGACAUCUGCAAAUGCAAACGUGAAGAGCAGCUUUGUGAAGGGGGCAGCUCACGGGUCCCACAUAAACAGAUUCCCUCAUCUCAAAUUGUUUAUAACAUCAGUCCCUAUGAUGUGGAGACCUACCUACUAGCCACAACCAAUGAGUUCAUCAGGAACAGGUACGGCGGGUUUGACUUCGGCUUGCCGCUUCCUUCCGACUUACAAAUGGAUCUGCUGCCAGUGCCCAAAAACCGUACUCUGUCUAAGGUCUGGUACAACCCCGAAGGCCACCACACCAUGCCAGCAUAUUUGAACAGCCUCAACAACUUCAUCCUACGCUCCAAUCUUCCUGCAGACAAGGAUCCGCGUACAUACGCUAUUUCAGUUUCCAGUCAUCCCUAUUUCGGCCGAGAAGAUGACGAUGACAUAAUCAUUCAGGGGAUGCUCCAGAUCCUCGUGGCCAUGUGUGUGCUGACGGGUUACUCCAUCACCACCACCAGCUUUGCCAUCUAUGAAGUCAAAGAGCACCACAGCGGCUCCAAGAGGCUGCAGCACAUCGCUGGCAUCAGCGAGCCGUUUUACUGGACCGUCAACUUCCUUUAUGACAUGUUUGUCUACAUGAUCCCAGUGACUCUGACUCUUGGGGUGAUAGCAGCCUUUCAGAUUCCAGCAUUCACAGAUCGACUAAAUUUGGCUGCCAUCGCUCUCCUUCUGGUUCUUUUUGGAUUUGCCACCUUCCCCUGGAUGUACCUGCUGUCAGAAGUCUUCAAAGACGCAGAAAUGGCCUUCAUCACAUACGUGUGCAUCAACCUCUUCAUCAGCGUCAACACCAUCAUGUCCUCCUCCGUUCUCUACUUCUUGAGUCAACUCACAACGCGCAACGCUCAGGCCAUCAAGGACCUCUGUGAGAAGCUGAGCCGAGCCUUCCUAAUAUUCCCCCAGUUCAACUUUGGCAACGGGCUGAUGGAGCUGGCUAGGAUGAACAUCCAGGUCCAGGUCCUCAGUGGGUACGGCAUCGAUGCCUACAAGAACCCGUUCUCCACCGACGGCCUGGGCUGGAUGUUCAUCGCCUCUUUCAUCCAAGGCGUGGUCUUCUUUACCCUGCGCCUCCUGCUGAACAAGACUCUCAUACGCAAAGUCAGGAGUCUGAUUUGCGGCAAAAAGGCAGUGCCACUGAUGCCCACUGAGGGCGAAGGUGAUGAGGAUGUGGCCGCAGAGCAUCUGCGCGUCUCCAGCGGAGCCGCCAGCGCCGACAUACUGCAGGUCAACCAGCUCACUAAGGUGUAUCAACACCUCAAAAAGAAGGUGUUUGCUGUGAAGAGGGUCUCUGUCGGCAUCCCUGCAGGAGAGUGCUUUGGUCUGCUGGGAGUGAACGGAGCAGGGAAAACCACCACUUUCAAGAUGCUGACUGGAGACGUGAGCCCCACCGGUGGCACGGCACAGAUCAAGGACUGGGACGGGCGGUUGGUGGAUAUCAUGGAGUGCCGCAACAAAGGCAUCAACAUCGGCUACUGUCCCCAGGUGGAUGCGCUGGACGGCCUGCUCACAGGCGAGGAGCACCUGUACUUCUACGCUCGCGUCCGGGGCGUCUCAAAGAAGGAGGUCACCGGGGUGGUGAACUACCUGCUGACGAGACUAGAGCUGAACUACCACAAGAAAAUCAUUAGUGAUAGUUACAGCUGUGGAACCCGCAGGAAGCUCUCUACAGCGCUGGCGCUCAUCGGCCAUCCUCAAAUCCUGCUCCUGGAUGAGCCGAGCUCAGGCAUGGACCCUCGCACCAAGCGUCACCUAUGGAAAAUUAUCUCAGAGGAAGUGAAAGGAAAGUGUGCCGUGGUCCUCACCUCCCACAGCAUGGAGGAGUGCGAGGCUCUGUGCAGCCGCCUUGCCAUCAUGGUGAAAGGUCAGUUCCGAUGCUUGGGCUCCCUGCAGCACAUUAAGAACAGGUUUGGCAGUGGGUUCACUGUGAAGAUGUACUUGGCCAAGACUUCCAGUGACGCAGCAGCAAUCACCAGGUUCAUGCAGCGCCAAUUCCCCAGCACUUAUCUCAAGGACCAGCACUCAAACAUGGUGGAGUACCACAUACCUAGUGCUCCAGGAGGGGUGGCUGACAUCUUUGACCAGCUGGAGUCCAACAAGAAUGCUCUGCAGAUCAAACACUUCUCUGUGAGCCAGACCACACUGGAUGAGGUCUUCAUCAACUUUGCCACAGAAAAGAUUGAAAUGUAAAACGUCUCAAUUCAAAGUGAAAACGAAAGUGAGGACCUGGACUCCAUUAAGGGAGUGGGAAAAUUGUGCAGACACCCACAGUACAAUAAAACAACAUCAUGAAUCAUCUGUGGAAACCCUGUUCAACUAUUAAUGUUUUAACAUGCGGUAUUAUUUCUGCUGGACUACUGAUAUAAAGAAUAAUGAAUCCUAGUUAAACUGACAAGAAGUAGAACACAUGACCCUCAUAUCCUUAUAUGCACAUAAGAAACAUUUUGAUAAACAGAAAUGUAAUUUUUUUAAAGUUUAUACUGUAUACUGUACUGUAAGUUACAUGACUGCACUAUGUUUAUAUUUAUGAAGGAUUUGUAGGCUCCUAAUAUAUUUUGGACUAAAUAUUAGAAUAUAGAACAAAGAACUGUAUUUUUUUCUUUUAUUUAGCCGUAAUUUUGGCUAAUAACGUUUUUUGUAAAAACGGAUAAGAUAGACUUUAUAGUAACAUUAGAACUAUGCAUACAGUUACUUACAUACAAAACUACAGUAUAGUAUUUCUUAAAAACUAUUAAAGUACAUCUAAAUGUGUCUACCUGCUGAAAUCUGAAAAAAGAAAAUAUUUACUUUUAAACUAAGCACUUUUGCUAUUCUAUUAAACCACUUUUCAAAUGAAUGUACUGAAUAUUAUAUAAAUUGAUCCUGACUUAGGACCAUUUCUCAAUUGUCUUGUAUAUGUAUCCGUCCUAUUUUUUAAUUCAAAUUAAACUAUUUUCAAAUGA